AAACCCUCUGCUUAAUCUGUCAUUAUCUCUCAGCAGCCCCGCAGACGUGGUCACCUGGACAUCUCCAAGCCCCUUGCACAGUGGCCAGACCUAAGACCGUGCCCACUGCCCAAAGAGAACGCGAGCAGUUCACGAUGAAACUCAUCAUUCUGGACCACUACUCCCAGGCCAGCGAAUGGGCAGCCAAGUACAUCAGGAACAGAAUCAUUCAGUUUAACCCUGGGCCAGAGAGGUACUUCACUCUGGGGCUGCCCACUGGAAGCACGCCCUUGGGCUGCUACAAGAAGCUGAUUGAGUAUUACAAGAACGGGGACCUGUCUUUCAAGUACGUGAAGACCUUCAACAUGGAUGAAUACGUAGGUCUGCCCCGGAAACACCCCGAGAGUUAUCACUCCUUCAUGUGGAACAACUUCUUCAAACACAUUGACAUCAACCCGGAGAACACCCACAUCCUGGACGGGAACGCGACUGACCUGCAGGCCGAGUGCGAUGCCUUCGAGGAGAAGAUCAAGGCCGCUGGGGGGAUCGAGCUCUUCGUCGGAGGCAUCGGCCCCGACGGACACAUCGCCUUCAACGAACCCGGCUCGAGCUUGGUGUCCAGGACGCGGGUGAAGACGCUGGCCAUGGACACCAUCCUGGCCAACGCCCGGUUCUUUGAUAACGACCUCGCCAAAGUCCCCACCAUGGCUCUGACCGUGGGCGUGGGCACGGUCAUGGACGCUAGAGAGGUCCUGAUCCUCAUCACCGGCGCCCACAAGGCAUUUGCCCUGUACAAAGCCAUCGAGGAGGGGGUGAACCAUAUGUGGACCGUGUCCGCCUUCCAGCAGCACCCCUGCACUGUGUUCGUGUGCGACGAGGACGCCACCCUGGAGCUCAAAGUGAAGACGGUCAAGUACUUUAAAGGUUUGAUGCUUGUCCACAACAAGCUGGUGGAUCCCCUGUACAGCAUGAAAGAGAAGGAAGUGGAGAAAAGCCAGUCGGCCAAGAAGCCUUACAGCGACUAGCCUCUCGCCAUCUUGUGGUGUGCUGAGGGCUGGGAAGACUGCCAGCCUUGGGGGAAAUGGGUUUUUAGCGAGAGGAAUUCCUUGUUCGGUAAUCAGAUAUGUUCCAUGGCGAGAGAGGGUGCAGUUUGGUGAUGUGAGGGGUGGAAGUCUCUGAAACAGAGCAGGGACAAAACCGCUCCUCAUCCUGCUCAGACCUUAAUUCUGACCCAUUCUCCGCCCCGUUUUAGCUCCUAGAAGGAAACAAGUGCAAAUCUAAAAACUGCCCCGAAGCCUAGGGAAAAUUAAUGGAGGCCCUGACUUUUUCUCCUGGGACCAUGAGAGAGUUGGCAGUGGAGAAUCAAUUAAUGGUGUCUAUGGAGCGCUUACUGUGUGCAGAGCACUGUACAAAGUGUUUAGGAGAGUACAAUGCAAAAGAGUUGAUAGACUCGUUCCCUGCCCAAAAGGAGCAUUCAAGACAGGGCCCAGUGAGUUGCCAUUUUCUCAUAGGACGGGGAGGGGAGAGGCGUUUGUUCUCUGCAGCAGAGACCGGCGUCAGAGAAGACUACAAUCCACCCUGUCUGUGGGAGAAUAGACCCUUCCCAGACCCCAGUGCCUCUCCAAGGACAGUCAAGAUCCCCCUCGGGGGUCUUUACUCAUGGUUUCAGUGCUCUGGCCAGGAGGAAGAGGAUAAGAGACGGUGCAGCCCCACUGGGGCUCUGGGAUUUCAGAGAUCUCCCUGCUGAAGAUUCACUCCCUCACCUUGGCUUUGUUAAAAAGGCCCUCCCGGAGUUAAUAACAUGCAAGUGGCAACAGCAUUGGGCAGUUAUAUCAAAAUUAGAAGACAAAAUGUGGGCUGCUACACUCUGGGGUCCGAACAGGCUCAAGGCCUCAUUGGCUGAGGGUACGUUUGAGAUGAACACUUCCCAUUCCGUUGCUGCUGCCCUGUUGGGGCUGACUGCCUCUCCGCCACCCGCCCCGAAAAAGCUCCUCCCCAUUCUCAUCUUCCUUUCAGCUCCCCCAUCUCUUCGUUGGUGGGUCUGUAGGAAGCUGCUGGCCUCCUCCAUCGCUACAGAAAAAUCGUGAACCCGAGGCCGGGUUCUUCUGGAAAUGCCGCCUCUUUCCAAACAGCGGUCACUGUUUUAGCUUUUCUAGGUGAUGAGUAUAGCCCUCCUGUUAAAACUGAUGAAUCGAUGGGUUUGUUUAUACAGCGUCUUUUAAUAAAGACAGUGAUGUUUUCAAAUGAA